ACCGUCCAUCUUUGCAAGGCACAAAUUUCUGGGAAAAGUUGAUCCUGUUUUGAUGCUACGCAACAGAGACGAGCGAGGUGUUGUGGUCAAACCCCGUCGUAACCCUUUUACGCGCGUACCCGAGCGCAUACCAUUCAGCAUGGUAAGCGCACUGAAAGAGAAAGUGUAGAUUCCCGGUCGCAGGUGGGUGUUACGAGUGGCAACAUAAAGAAACGAGUUCCGCAAAACCGCACCAACGCGUCCGAACGCAUUACCAGCCGGAGCCAAGGGAGGCACGCCAACCGUUCCCGAUCAUCUUGAUUGCUGUGCUGUCCCCGUUAAAGGAAGCGACAGCCAACGGAGCGGUGCAGGAACCGUAAUAUGCACUCCUACCCAGGUUAUCAGUGAAUGCGUAAAAGUGGCGAUUGUCAGCGAUAAUUUGAGUUUUGAGCGCUAUUUCCUCCAAAAGAUGCAGCAAGUAGACGAUCCCCCUUAUUUGACUGUAGGAACGGAGGUUAGCGCCAAAUACAAGGGGGCGUUUUGCGAGGCCAAGGUACGCAAGGUCGUGCGAAACAUCAAAUGCAAGGUCGCGUACAAACAGCAGGGCCUCGGGUCCGGUGUCGUCUCGGACGAUCAGAUCAAGGGGGCACUCCGGGUGGGCGCGACGGUCGAGGUAAAGCACCCGGAGCGGAAGGAGUACGUCGAGGCGACGCUUACCAAAAUCCAGGACUGCUCCCAGUACACGGUGGUGUUCGAUGACGGUGACAUCACGACGCUUCGACGCAGCGCGCUCUGCCUCAAGAGUGGCCGACACUUUAACGAGAGCGAAACUUUAGAUCAGCUUCCGCUCACACAUCCGGAACACUUCGGGAAUCCGGUCAUCGGUGGACGAAGGGGUCGUAGAUCGCGGCAUCUUCUCCCCGAUGAAAGUUCCGAUGAGGAAGACGAACCGACGCAUCACUCCCGUUCGAACGCCAGCGAUAAGGAGGAAAACAUCGGCAAGGUGGUGUGCGUGGAAACGAGCGACAACAAGAAGAAAAACCCGAAAGAAAAUUGGUUCCCCGGGCUGGUGGUUGCACCGACCGCCCAGGACACGGUGCGGAUACGCGUGAAGGACGAGUACUUGGUGCGGUCGUUUAAAGAUGGCCGGUACUACACCGUCCCCAAGAAGGAAGCGACCGAGUUUACGCGGGACAGUGUGAACAAGUCGGAGGCGGCCGCCGUAUCGGCAGCGAUCGAGUACAUGGACAACGAUGUGCUUCCUGCGCACUGGGACCGGGAAGCACUGUUCGGCACGUCCGGCAGCUGUAGCGAUUCAGACCAGGAGCUCGAAACGGACAGCUCGGACGAUGAGCCGACCGAGGAGAAGGAUCACUUUGUAGCGCAGCUGUACAAGUUUAUGGACGAUCGGGGUACACCACUGAACAAAGCGCCAUCGAUCACGAAUCGUGACGUAGAUCUGUAUCGGUUGUUUCGAGCAGUGCAAAAGCUGCACGGUUACAAUCGCGUUACGACCCUGAACCAGUGGAAACAGAUCGCGCUGCGGCUGGGUUUCUCACCUGCCACCGCCAGCAUUACGAACCUGGUGAAGCAAGCGUACAAAAAGUUUCUGUUCUCGUUCGAAGAGUUUAAUCGCAAGCUGGGCUGCACGAUGGUACCACACCCCAAGACGAGUCGCACCAAGGGCCGCAGUUUGGUGCGUGCCAGCUCCGUUCAGUCACCGAAGCUGGCGGAAAAGGAAAAGCUGCUAACGGCAAAGGAGAAGGCAGCUUCGGCCGCAGCAGCAGAUGCUUCUGCAAAGGCUAGCAGUUCGACUGCCGCUGCCGCUGCCGCUGCUGCUGCUGCUGCCGCCGCCGAGGCGUCCAACUCUGCGGUAGAAGAAUCGGACAAUACGAGUGAGUCGAGUGCAGCGGAAAGUGCCGUAUUGCGGCCGAGCAGUACCAAGCGAAAGGCGGGCGGUGGCGGCAAGGUUAAAGCGCUGGUGGACAAGUUCGAGGAGAAGGAGAAAGAACGCGAGAAGGAGAAAGCAUCAUCGGGCAAGGGGGGCGGUGAGAGCAGUGGAUCAUCUGGCGGUGGUGGUAGCGGCAAAAAGGAGGACGCCAGCACAUCUUCCUCAUCAUCGGCAGCAGCAGCAGCAGCAGUGAAGAAGGAAAAGCCAACGACGGGAAAAGCGAAAUCCGUUGAGCCGGUGAUCGAGAAACGGGGCCGUAAGCGAAAGGACGCCGACUCGGUAGAUUCGAAGAAGGAUGAGCGGGAAGCGGCAGCCGGAAGCAGUGGUGUGGGUGGUGCGGGAAGCACCAGUAGCUCGAUUAAGCCGGAGAAACAAUCCACCAGCAGUAGAAAGGAGGAAAGCGGUGGUCCGCCGGGCAGGGAAGGCAUCGGUGGUGGUGGAAACGGAACUGGACCAGGGACGGCAGGUGGGCAUAGCGUUCGAAACGUUAGCCCUGCAGUUGGGGUAGGUUCCGGAUCCGCCGUGCCCGAUUUCCCGAUCGAAGUAGGUGAUAAGCUCAAGGUGUACUACGAUGAGCAGAAGGUGACGUACGAAGCGAAGGUGAUCGAGAUCGCCAAACAGGAAGGGAAUCUCAUCUAUCUCGUACACUACACCGGAUGGAACACGAGGUACGAUGAAUGGGUGCGCAAGGAACGUAUUGCGGAAAACUUAACCAAUAGCAAAACCAAGAAAGGAAAGUCGUCCGCCAAUACACCAACCAGCAGUAGUAGUGGGGGCAAAGGACCGUCUCAUGGCGGAACACCGGGUGGAACGUCGAUGCCGGCCGGGGACAAAACGCCAAAAGUGGCCAAACGAAGCCGGGGCAACUCGAAAGGCGAACAGAGCAGUGGCGGCCCUGGUGGAAAUUCCACGCCGCGUUCCACAACUCCGAACGUCGGACGGAACAAGUCACCGGCCACCCCGUCCAACCGCAGACCGCUCACUCGGGGUGGAUCGUCCGCAGCUACUACGGGAUCUUCUCUGUCCACCUCGGCUGCUGCAGCAGGCCGACGUACGUCGAACAAUACAGACAUUUCGUCAUCGCUGUCCGUACCGACCGAUCCGGACAAUACAAGCGACACGGAUUCGGACGAACCGAUGCUGAAAAAGUGCACCACCAACAGCACCUCGUCGACCACCUCGUCCAACUCGUCGAUUUCAAUCUCGUCGACGAGCACGAAAGUAAGUACAACAGCCGAGGCCGGCUCGUCGUCCGAUGCCGCGGCCAUAUCGGACGAGUUUUCCAACGGAGCAUCCAAGGGUCGUGGUGGUGGUGGUGUUGGCGGUGUUGGUGGUGGUGGUCGUGACUAUGAUCUCAAUCAAAUACGUUCCGAACUGAAGGGCUUCAAGGAGCUGAAAUCGCCCGGAUCGCCGGCGUCGGACACAGCAACGGCGACUGCGGCAACGGCCGCCGGUGGUGCAGCGGAAGGCCAUCAGCCACCCUCGGCCACCAGCGUGAUGGACGUGCCGAAACAUCUUAUUCCGAAGCAUGAGCCAACGAGUAUGCUCACCAGAAGCAGCUCCAUCGAGGCGAAAGAUUCGCUUACGAGCAACGCACCGCUAGCAGCAUCGAUCAAGAAAGAGCCAACCGGCUCCGGGGUGAUAGUAAAGGAGGAAGAGUCAACCGUCACUGAGGAGGACGAUGAGCCGGGAAAAUCGUCCGAGUCGGAAACGCUGAGCGAAGAGGAUUCCUCACAAUCGUCCAACAAAGCAUUCUCCAGCUCACCGAUAACGACCAUGGUCGAUUCCGACACCGCCGAAACACCGCUAGCAGCUGGGCUAGUGCUGAGUCCGAAGAUUCUGGCAUCACCUCCACCCAGCCUCGAAUGUGAAGAUUCGUCCUCCACCGAGCCCUUAAUCAGCGUGGCAAACAAAGCCGCCGACGCCAAGGCACUGCUCGAGAAAGAGGCAACGUUGAGCGGCAUCAAGAAAGAAUCGAUUGAAGGGCUGGGUGGCGAUAAGCCGACCAACGCGUCAUCAUCAUCAUCAUCAUCGUCGUCGACGGGGAUUGGAAAACCUCCAAUUAAGACGUACGGCACGGCGGCCACGAUCAUUGCCAACUCGGAAAAGAUGGCUUUCUGCACGGUGCGUGACGCAAGCACGGAAAAUGAGCUAAAACCGCAGCUUUCCGCAACAGCAGCGGCGAAGGAUUCUGUGCUGGAAUCGCCACAGAAAGCUUCCACCGGAUCUCAGUCAGCCGGAGCAGCAUCCCCUUCGCUUUCGGUACGAUCGAAAACGGGGCCAACGGAGGACAAGACAUCGCCAUCCGCAGCCAGCAGUCGCGCUGUCGCGAGCUCUUUGAUGACCCCCGUAAAAGCUGCCUUUGGGACGUCCCCAUCAACGGUUUACGGAGGUAACAACAAAGACGAUCCUACCGUGCCAUCGCAACAGGGUGUAAUUAUCGCUGCCGGUUCCGGUGCGCGACCGAUAAAAUCUCCAAAAUCAUCGCCCUCCACAACAACCGCGUCGGAAGACACUAAACCCAGUACUGCAACUGUCUCGCCCAUCGGAACCACGGCCAACAUUCUGUCACAAACCACAACAAGCACAACUGCUUCCGCUUUUAGUUCGUUGCGGGCGGAAAAGAAGCAAACGGGCCCGGGAACGACCGGAACCGGCACGGAGCGAAAGUUUACGCUGGGAAGAGAGGGAACAUCCGCCUUUUCCUCUCCAGUAAGCUCUCAAUCCACGCUUUCGGCCGCUUCGCCGGCACCAUCCCUCAAGCACGGCAGCUCCGGUUUGCUGGGGGAGAAGAAACACUUUUCCUCCUCGACGCUAACGCCGGCCCAGAACAAGCUGCUGAGCAAAGAGGCCCUCUCGAUAAAGUCGCUGUUCGAAUCGACCGCCAACCGGAUGGACGAAAAGAUUUCCGACGUGUACGAGUUUGAGGAUGAGUACGACGAUCAGGACACAGCGAGCUCUGCCCCUAUGGGAGUGGUAGGUGGUAGUGCGGGCGGUGCAGCUGCUGCUGCCGGGGCCACCGGUCCACGAAAGCUUGUCUCGGAUGUUCCACCGGCGGAGGUGGUCAGCUCGCUCACACCUUCCCUGGGAGGACAGCAGGCAGAUGAGAAAAGGAAGAAACCGCUACAACGGAAAACGAUCGCUUCUGCGGCUGCGGUCGAUCCUCUGGACACGUCCAAUUUCGUUUCGGGAGGCUACAGUGGAUCGCUGAAGCGCGCAAAGAAACCUUCGCCAGUCAAAUCGGAACCGAUGGGCGGUGUGGUGGUGGACAGCAAGUCGCCGAAAGGGCCGGGCGCAUUACGCCGUGAGAUUAAGGAAAAGGAGGAGAAAGAUAAGGAGCAAAAGCAUCCAUCGGAACUUGAACUGUUGGGGUCAGCUGCUUCUGUAGACCCGCUCAAAGAGAAGACCUCUCCAAAGACGACGGCUCCCGUUACUACCUCUUCCCAAGCUGCUGGACUAACGACCGCUUUUGUACAAACGCCGGCGAAGAGCGACUCAACGUUCGAUGUGUUGCGGAAAUCUCCCAGCUUCAAUCUCGUUACCCCCGGACCGUUGGGAGCUAAGGAGGAGGGAACAUUCAAAUCGCAAGAAGAGCUCGAACCGAAGCCAACUCCACCGCCGCCGCUGCCAGCAACGACUACGCCCGGUAUUUUCACGCCAGUCAUUUCCGCCUCUUCGGUCGGAAGCGGUGGCGUAUCGAUCGAUCGAUCGAUUUCUUCCGUGCUCUAUCCACACGGGAAAGGUCCAUCUACUUCCGUGCUGCUGGCGAAGGCAGGCGAUGAGAGCCAAAAGGAGGAACCGACGUUGGAAAACUGUAAAAAGUACUUUAACGAUAUGAACUUUGAGUUCGACGCGCCGAACGUGAAGAAACCACCCUCGAUUGCGGACAAAGUUCUGAAGGCAUUAAGUCAACAGAAUCAGCAGCAGCAGCAGCAGCAGCAGCAGCAGCAAACGAUAAAAUCGGAAAAACCAGACUUCCCGAAGUACAUGCCCAGCUCGAUGCAUCACCAUUCGCUUGCUAGCACACCGAAAUCGCUUAUGGGCAGCGGUUUGUUGUCAUCGCCCGCGCUAGAAAGCGGCACUCCGAUGUCUUUCGCGUCGUCGUUGCACCCAACGAUCAAAUCGGAAUCAAUUGGCAGCAGCGGUGGUGGUGGUGGUGGUGGUAAUAGUUCUGCCACCGUGUCCUACUCAUCGCCGAUAAUGGCUGUAAAUCAUUCGGCGAAACCCGCGUCCAUGGGUGGAAACGAUUCAGGAAAGACGAGCGAAGGAAUGAAGACGGAACCGGAUGAUUCGCACCUUUCCACACCGAAAUCUUCUCAAACGUUUAGCGAUGCGAAAGCGACCAAUCAACAACCACCGCAGACGACGACCUCAUCUUCCACUCACAAACUACAAUCGCUCGAACAGAUUCCCACAUCCAGAAGUAACGAUCUCACGGAAUCGCUGCGCAAGCUCGAUCCGGAUCCACCCUUCAUCCACGACGACGAGUCUACGGACAGUAACGAUUCGGAGCAUCGGCUCAUCAUCGAGGAUGCAGAAUCGCAGGGUAGCGGUGAACCCACCGCGGGAAGCGCGCCGGUGCUACAUACUCAUCCUGCGCUGACAAACCCGUCCACCACCACCACCGUGCCCAGCAGCAGCACAACAGCGGUGAUCGUUCAUUACGAAAGCAAGCAGCCGGUCUCCUGCGUGGUAUCGGCCAAGAAGGAGCUGUUUGAGGACAAGCCACGAUCUGCACCAGCUGCUUCCAUCACGCUCGAGAUGGCAUCAGCGGCGUCGGCAGCGGCUGUUGCAGCGGUGGCAGAUAAGGAGAAGCUCGUCCUAAAGCAAGACCGUCCUGGAACGGCGGACAACAGCAGCAGCUUGUCCCUGUCGCAUGGGAAGGAAGAUCACGCCAAGCCAUUCGCCGGGGCAGCUGCAACGUCGGCGGACAAAAAGAGUUCCGGCGGUGCAAAGCAGAGCCUGCUCGAGACAAUCAUACAGAUGAACACGGCCAGCCGUGGCAUGAGCUCUGAGGAGUACUUGAUGGAAGUGCUGAAGGUGCACGAGCAACAGCCCCAAUCGACACAUCGCAUCAGCACCGAGGCUGACACGCGUAAAGACGGUUCCGGUACGGCAGCAGCAGUGCACAAGCAGCAGGACAAUGGUGGUCGUGGCGCUGUGACGGCAUCCGUCAUAACCACAGCCGCCGGGUCGAACGAAUCGAUGGCGUCCUCAGCGCAAACACCCAACCAAGCCCAAGACCAAGAUCCCCAAUCGCAGCCGCAGCACUAUGGUCAAUCGCAACCGCCAGCACAAGCGCCCAACAGCGAAUCGCUCUCGUUGCUGCUGUGCGAGGAAACGAUUCCAGGCUCCCCGGCACCGAAAGAUCACGACCGACUGCCACCGUCAACGGUCGGACGGAAGGUGUACGCGGAGACACCGCUCGUGCCAACAUCGGCAUCUGCAUCCUUCUUACCACCGCAAAACAUUCAAACGGCGACCGAUCUGAAGUCCGUGCCGAUGGAUCUAGAACCGCCGGUAGUAACGAUAACGAUCGGUGGCAACACGACGAUCAGCAGCACCAGUCAAGGUGGUGGGCAGGCUGGCGGAGGAACCGGAGCAUCGUUCGGUUCCAAUCUUCAACAGCGAACGGAGCAGCAGCAGCAGCAACAGAGCUUAAGGAGCAAAAUUAGUUCGGGCGGAGGCGAAUCGACUGCUGACACGCCAAACAGCUCACCAAGGGAUUCGGUCAGUCAGGAUGAAACACACGAUCAAGAAUCACUGUCCCCGAUGAAGAAACGCCGUCAGCGAAAACCGAGCGAAGAACCAACGCUCAAACGUAGACGGACGGGGGGCAACACCAGCCUGGGCAGCUAUGGGUUUGGCAACAAUGGCUCAAACACCGGCUGCUAUGGUGGGCGUAGUCAAAGAGGUCUUAACACAAGCAAUGCAACGGACAGUGAGGACAACUCGGACAAUCUAGCGGCAUUCCACCGAUCGUCCUCGUUGGUCUUUAUCGGCAGCAAAACGGGACGUCCCUGUCAGUACAAUUUCUUGGUCAAUUUCGAUCCUUCCCUGAGCAACAAUCAGCGAAUAGGGAUCAUAAGGAAAAAGAUUCAGGACCUGCGCAAAACGUACAACGCGAUCAAGGCCGAGCUGGCGAGUAUCGAUCGGCGGCGCAAGAAGCUCCGUCGCCGGGAGCGGGAAAACAAGAAGCAAGCCAAACUGAACAGUGCCAGCGCCGGCGCCAAUAACUGAACCAGUGCCGGCGCCGCCCUGCGGAGGAUGGUUUCGUUAUAGGUUUGUUUAUUAUUUAAGCUUGUUUUUUGCUUUGGUUGGUCUGGUUUUCCUUUCGUUUAGCCAGGGUCGAAAAUGGGGCAGCCAAGAGGAAGGAGGACUUGGGUGGCGUGCGUGCGCGUGGACGCUCCAGCUGCACGCAAAACGGGUGGAGCCUUUGGACGAGGUGUGGCGUUUUGCUGCACCUUUAGAUGCAAUUUAUUUUUGAGCUCUUCUUUAUUUUUGAUUCGUUGCAUUAGUGGGUUUUAAUCUUUUUGAAUGUAUUGUGCACUGUAUUGCUACUUUUAUAUACGUAUAUACCGGAUCGUUUGCUGGCUGCUUCUUUAGCGCAGCGCCAAGCCAAUACUUUUGUAAGUCUCCGAGAGUGUGAAUCUAGACGUGUGGGCAAUUGUGCGGUAGUAGUGACGAGUGAAUGUCGGGUACAGUAAGGUCAGAAAAUGUGUAAAAUGAAAAAAAAACGCUCCGUUUUUCCGCCCUCUUUUAGUGUGAAUCUUCCAUUUAGGGGCUCAUUUUACUAGCUAUUAGUGCAGAGACAAGUUCCUUUCCGCGUCGAUUGGCAGUUUACCGUAGCGAACUGCUAGAGGGUGGUAACGGAACUGCGAAACGGGCAGAAUGACGGGCAUCGCUAUUCUACCACUCAAAAAGGUAUUUUUGCUUGUAAUGGAAACUAUAUUAGUCCUAAGUGGAUAUGUACAUAGCGUAUCGUGAGAAAACACAACCAGACGUGUGCUCCCCGGCAAGUGGACAACAGCGCAUCGUUAAAUACAAAACAUGUAUAGACGAAA